UUACUUCCAAAGUUCACAAGAAAACGCGAAACUGUAUACAACCAUUUUAUCAUAGUCCGACACAUUUUACUUUCACUGCAUAAAAUAUCUCCAAUGAGUGUUCAGCACCAUUCCAUAUUAGGCUUAUUAUGUGUGUUAAUGGUAUCUGCAGCCACAUUUGAAGAAUAUACAAUGGCUGAUAUUAAUGAGGAUAUACGCAACGAAUUCCAAAGCUUCGGUACUAGACUCAGAAGAAAAGCACCAAAUCAAGAGAAGAGGGACUUAAGUCUGACCUAUUCUGCAACAAAUAUCAAUUCUAAAGAAGGAACUCAAGUUAAAACUAUAACCGUUAUAAAAAAUAUAGGGGAAGAUAAAAAUACGGCAACGCUUAAAAUAAAGCCGGAGCUUCAUAGAGGCGAAGAUUGGGGUAAAUUGUUCAAGGACAAUUUUAAUUCGUAUUGCGUAAUCCCCGAUGUGCCAGAUGUUGAUGACCUUUUUGAAUAUGUAAAUAAAAAACAUAACACAGGAAAGGACAAAAAAUAUGCAUCAGAGGACGAAAAGAUGAAACCGGAAGAAUCGCCACAGCCAAAGCAACCCGAAAAACCCAUUUUUGAGUCUUCACCCGAAGAAGCAGACGAGGAAGCAGUCGUCCCGGAGAGCGUGGAAAAAAUUGUUGGAGAUGCUGAAUUAUUACCAAAUUUAAACGUGAGCAAAAUAAAAAUGCGCGAAUCCCUUAUAAAUCUUAAUUACUCCACGCCCCAGCACUCGAUACAUAAAUUUUUUGAGAAUUAUAUACAAUUAAGUCCUGAAGUUGGCAAGGGAUAUGAUAGCGCAAAGCCCUGCGUUCAUCAGCAACCAAUUAAAAGUGAAACCAUUGAGACACCAUUUGGAAGAAAAUUUAAUAUUCCUAAAAACAACACAAAUACUGACAUAAAUCCGUAUCUUGCCCCUUCUAUAACCCGAAGACCGCAAGUAGCCCAAACACUUCAGCCCUCCCAAACUUCUGGAAUUUCACCUGUCUUUCCAGUAAAUUCGUUGGUGCCUCCACUUCAGCCGCAACAGCAACCUGCAUCUUCACCCCCUUUACAGCAAUCAAAUGCAGUGUCGGCACAACAACCCACCGCAUCUACAGCUGCGCAAACUAUUUCCCCAACUAAUUCUCCUCAAGGGCAAAAUACACAAGCUCAGUUGCCUUUCCCGUCGACAAGCCAACGUCCGUAUGUAGCACCAAAUUUGCGAGCUGGUUUAAAUGGCGUAAGCCGCGGGCCUGCAACCACUUUUAAUACAGCCGGUUUCCAAAAUAUUCCUGCCUUUCGCAUCAGUUCAUACAAUACAUUAUUCAAGAAACCAAACGCCUCAAGAUCUCGCGGAUUAUCUCAAUUUUAG